GUGAUCGUGAAAAUCUAUGGUAAAAAACUACAUUUCCCGCAGCCUUUGACCGGAAGUUUAAAGCCUCAGAGCGGAAGUGUACCGGUUGUUUGUUAGCAACAGUCGCUGUGGUUUGUGUGUAAUGCUUUUUUCAAACGGUUGAAUGAUGUUUGCUCACGCUGAUGAGACAGCUGGUGAUAUUCCUGUCAAAGACAUCACUUUUAACCCCAACGGUGCCACAUUACCAGAUUCUCUGUUGUCUCAGAAUGCCCGAGAGAGGCAGAAUGUGUCCAAGCUCAGCAGAGAUGAAUUGGAGGACAGAUAUUUGCGCAUGCAGGAGGAAAACCUUGCGCUUAAACAACACACAUGCAAACAAGAAGACAAUAUCCGCAGAAUGGCCACAAAGUUGGUUCGUCUGGUGAAGGACCGUAAGCAGGCUGAGCGGUCCUCCUCAGGGGGGCGUGGAGCGGGCGGUCGUGAUGUUGAAAUGGAGGAGAUGAUUGAGCAGUUGCAGGAAAAGGUUCAAGAGCUGGAGAAACAGAAUGAAGGGCUCAGACGACGUCUGCUAGCAGCCAAACAGCAGUUGCAGGUUCAAACUCGCAAGCAGACUCCCUACAGUCACAUCCAACCACGCAUCAAUACUGGCCUGCAUAGACUCAGAAAUGACAUCCCUAUGCCAUCAUCAAGACCAAACACUGCAAAAACAGAUAUCAGGCUUGUUGAGGGGGACACGAGUGUAAAGCCGCCUCAGGGUUUGUUACCACGCUACGGACACAGUCUGCUGGAUGAGGCCCGGGCAGAAGUCCGUAACCUGGAAAACGUGAUAGAGAGUCAGCAGGCUCAGAUGGAGGAGAUGGAGAGAUCAGCAGAGAUGUUGAGAGAUCAACUAAAGAGAAAAGAGAGGGAAUAUGAAGAAUCACUUCUUCUGAUGAAAGAACAUCAGGCCAGUGGACAGAGGUUGACUAUAAAGGAUAAUGUGGAGAUGAUCAAACUCCAAAAGCAGCUUGCUGAGAAGGGAAACAUGCUUACAGUGCUGGAGGGCAGAUUUCUACAGCAACAAGAGAGUCUAAAGUCUCUGAAGGCCAGUCAUGAUGCAGCUCUGCUGAAGGUGGAUGAGGUCAACAAACAGAUGAAGGAGGAGAGACUGAAGACUUUCGAGCUGGAGACACAGAUUCAGUCCAGAGCUCUGGAUCAAAGACGCGCUCAUGAGUUACAAGAGCGAAUCCAGGACUUGGAAAAAGAAAGAGACUUGCUCAAAGAAAACUGUGAUAAGUUAAUGAAAAGUGCGUUUGAUGUGAAUCUGGAGCAGAAAUGGAAGACGAGAGAACAACAGCUCAAGCUUCAGAUCGCUCAGCUGGAGAUGGCGUUAAAAUCUGACCUUACAGAUAAAAACCAGAUUCUGGAUAAGAUCAAGGCAGAGAGAGACCUGAAUGAAAACCUCACAGAAGAAAACAAGCAGCUUCAACUGCGUUACCUUGAACAGAAACAACAACUGGAUGAAAUUAAAGAUCGCAUGAAGUUUUUUACUAAGGAAAGUGAAAUAGACGCUGCUGAACUCAGUGAAGCCCUAAUGCUCAUUAAGGUUCGUAGGAGUCAGAAGAGUGGACAUCUGGGUUUCCUGGAGAAGGUGGAUGAGGAUGUGAAGGUAGAUGUGGAGCGUUCUCUGAGGGAUCUGCAGGCCACUUAUGCUGAGACUGUCCAAGAGCUGGAGAAGACCAGAAACAUGCUUAUUAUCCAGCACAAGAUCAAUAAAGACUAUCAGGCUGAGGUUGAAGUGGUCACUCGUAAGAUGGAUGAUCUAAAACUUGAAUAUGAGUUGAAAUCAGAGAAACUAACUCAGCUUCUGGAUGUGAGAGCUGCCAAGAUAAAGAAACUCGAAGCCCAGCUGAAAGACAUUGCGUAUGGAACCAAGAGCUCUGUUUUUAGACCCGAUAUAACCGAAGAGCACGCUACAGAUGAGUUGGACGAAACUCUUUACUUGGCUCGAGGAGAAAACCUUCUGGAAAUCCACCUGGGAACAGCACGUUUCUCUUCUGAUGCUGUACAGUGUUUGGACAAAGACCCGUCCACUUUCUGCACAUACGCCUUUUAUGACUUUGAGCUGCAGUCUACAGCUGUGGUGCGAGGUGACCAUCCAGCGUACGACUUCACAUCUCAGUAUGUGGUGAGAGUAGAUGAGCUCUUUUUGAACUACAUCCACGACAGCUCUGUUACUGUGGAGAUCCAGCUGGCCGAGGGUUUGAGUUUCCGCACGGUUGCCGCUGGACAGCUCAGGUUAAAUCAACUGCUGGAAAGAGAUGGGAAGGUGUUUGGCACCAUCCAGUUAGUUGGUGUUGCAGAUGAGAUCCAGAUGUUUGGUUCUCUGGAGUACUGGCUCAAACUAAAGGUUCCUAUGGAACAAGCCAUUCGCCUUUAUAAGGAGAGAGUCAAAGCACUUGGUUACCUCAACAUGGGCACGAGAGACAGUCAGGUUGUAUGGGAUUCUGUUCCUAGUUCCUCAUCAUUGAGUAAUGGUGAUCUAAAUGAACUAAACAUCACCUUACACUCCUGCGGUAAUCUCAAAUCCAGAGGUCCACACACUCAGCCAAGUCCUUACGUCAUAUACAGACUCUACAACUUCCCCGAUCACGAUACACCGAUCAUAUCCUCAUCUAAUGAACCGCAGUUUGAAGAUCACAUGGUCUUUCCCGUGACAAUGAACUCUGACCUUGAUGCAUUCUUGAGGUCAGAGGCUCUGGUGUUGUACGUGUUUGAUGAUUUAGAUGUUGAGGAUCAGAUGUAUCUGGGGAAGGCCAGAGUACCACUCAUCUCACUGGCCCAUGACAAAACCAUCACGGGUAUGUUUGAGCUCACAGACCCUGCCGGACUUCCCAGUGGCCAAAUCAACGUGACGCUAAAAUGGAAGUUCAGAUACCUCCCUUCCUCAUCCUCAGCCGUCGAAACACAACAGACUACAAUGAUCAGCAGUGAGACACCAGAGAGGCAGACAUCAAAGAUGGAAACAACACAGAGCGAGACGCAGACCCCUAAAGACCCUCCUCUGUUACCUCAACCUGUCCCUUCAGAGACUCCGAUGCCCAAACCCAGACAGCGGACUCUAACAAAAUCAGCUACUAAAAGAGUUUCUUUUGUUGACGUCUCAGAGCUUGAAAAACAGAUGAAUGAGACUACUGCACCUGAUGAUGAUGAUGAUAAAGAGACAGGGUCAACUGUAACCCCUGCACCUAAGACGGUCUCAGUGGUCGAGGCUGUGCAGUCCGCUGCAGUCAGUGAGGAUGAGGAUGAGGAAGAGUCUCGCUUCUCUGAAGGUCAGCUGAUCACUGCCAGCUCUCAGUCUGAUGGGUCUGAGAUUUCAGAGGACCUGGAGGAGCCAAUAACAGGUUUGGAUGAGGACAGUGAUGACUGCAUCGUACCUGCUCCGAGCACACAGCAUAAACCACAGCCGUCCGAGUGCAUUCAUGUGGAGAUUGUUUCUCUGAGUUUGAAGCCGGGAUCCAGAGUGGCAGAAGACAGUACGAUCGUCCGGCUCUUUGUAGAGUACUGUUUCCUGGGCCUGCCGUCAGUCGAGACCCCGCUGUCACUGAAGAAACCUCAGCCUGGACACAGUGUCUCCUACAACUUUAGUAAUGUGAUUCAUGUGGAUAUGAAGAAUAACCAAUCCAAACGUCAGACUCUGAGAGCGGUGUUGGAGGGCAGGAACAGACAGCUCGAGCACAUAAAGUUCACAGUGGUGAGUGACCCUCCAGAGGAGGCAGAGCAGGAGGAGGAGUGUGAGGAUGUGGGCGUGGCUUACCUGCGUAUCCCCGACAUCCUGGACAAACAGAGAGACAUGAGGGAUGUCAGUCUGAACAUCGUGGACGUUCAAGACAGCAGUGAAGUGAUCGGUCAUCUCGUCGUGACAGUUGAAGCUCUGGACGCCCUGACGUCCAUUCUGAGAGAUCCAGAACGUGACCGGCCUCUAUCCUCAUGAACUUAAAUUUAAAAAAAAUCUGCUAUACAUCUUCCAGUUGUCCGUAAUUUCUUUUUUAUUUGUCUGAAUUUACCAAAGCAUAAAGUACACCAAACAGUGAGAACAUAUGUGAACUUAUGAAUGUGAACGCCAUCACAUGGUUUAGGGUGUGAAAUCGUACCCUAAUGUUUGUCUUUAUGGCCUCCAGUGUUGCGUUUGAUGGAGCGCUGAUGUUUAGACCUUUAAUAACUUUGCCUAAUGAAAAGCCUGUUAAGCUUCAUUAGCCGACGCUUCGGCAGGCGGCGAUAUUUUAUUGAAGGUGCAAAAUGAAAUCUAACUGGAUUUAAUGAGAUUAAAUCAAGCUCUUUAAAAUGCUAAUGCACAUUUUCACGCAUGUCGGGCUGGGGCGCGUGACGCUUCUGUGUCUGUGAAUGAAUUCAAUACGUUGCUGUUAUCUGCACUGCUACUUAAGAUUUUGUCAUAGGUGCGUUUCAGAGGACAUUAGCUAUAGAUGCUGGAUUUUGAAUCUAAACAUUUGUAGAUAUUGCAUUUACAUAUGUUUGUAAAUGUUUUGUAUUUAUAUACAUUUCAUAGAAGUAAUUAAAGGGUUCUGUGUU